AAUGAGUCGACUACUUUAUGUUGUGUCUUAUAUACACUAGGACAUGGCAAGAAAUGUGUCAUUCACAUCUCCUAACCACCCUAUCCAUAAUAAGGCUCACAUUACAAGCAUCCCAAAUCAAGGUCAGAGAUCCAACCAGUGCUUAUCAUGUCUAAUGGAUAUCAUUGAGAAUAUCAACAUAUCAAAAGUGCAAAGACAGGUCAUUCUUGGGUUGUUGAAUUCAGCUCUUGCUGAAGACAAAGUAGUUCACCUGCUGGCAUCUAACAGCUCAGAUAGUUAUCAUCUCCUCUGUGUUCUUUUAGAAAUGUACACUGAUGACUUGGACAGACAAACAGCUGCUUCAUUGUGUGUGAGUUUAAUUCAGCGACUGCAAGAUGAAACUCUUUAUCAAAUUUUUAUGGAGAGAUUUCAAAGUACAGUACAAUCAAUGCCAUCAGGAGAUAGCUUAAAGCUGUGUCUGACUGUGAUGAGUCAGUUAUGUGAAAUCUCAAGCAUGUACUCUGAGAUGUUAAUACUCUCCAAUGGUCAUAUUAUUCUUGAACUAUUGGAUGUACAUAACUCUCUGGAUGAAGCAACACUAAAUGUAUUCAUCAUGCUCCUGACAAGACUUAUCCAAGUCAUCAACUCAUCACCAUUGUUGCAGGGAGAGGAAACAGAAAUAAUAAUUUGGAAACUUCUGAAAGUCUUAACUGUCUGGAUAAACACGCUGCAUACUUACAACAUGAUGCUCAGCUGUCUCGGGUUGUUAAAAGAAUGUUUGGUGUCAGAAAGAUUAGCUGCAGGGCUACUCCAUUCAAGCCAGGAACACAAUGUUCUCAUGGGGUUGAAGAGAACUAUACUCACAAAAGAUACUAGUUUGAUUAUAGUUGGUACACAGUGUCUGACUUUAUUGCUGGAAAAACUGAAAGAUCCUGUUCACAUAAGGGACUUCUUUAACUCUGAUAUAGCAGAGUUUAUUUUUGAACUACUACAUUCAGCUUGUAUCUCUCAAUUAGAGUCCACAUUGCUAUGUUUGCUGAGUAUGUCUAGGCAGCCUCAGUUUUAUGAGAAAUGUCAUGCUGUUUAUGGCCUGGACUCUGUGUUGAAAGCAACUAGAGAAGCUCUGACUAUGAAAAAGUUUGGAAUAGUAGACAAGUCUUUAACUUUGUUAAUGUGUUUUCUUGAAAGACAGCCAGAAACUAUUCCUUUGUUUCUACAUCAGUCAUGGAACUUUUGCUGCCAGCUUUUAGUGGACUGUCUACACAGAGACUCACAAGAGAUAACACUCAAAGCUCUGCAGACCACAGUGUCAUUUUUUAGGCCUCAACAUGUACAAAGUCCAGUGAACAUCAAGCAUGUUUCUUCUAUACUUCUGAAUGUCCAGAAUAUUUUCCAACAAUGUUUUACUACUGCCUCAAGAAAGCUGCUGGAUAUCAAUUUGUUGACUUCUAUUGGUGACUUGGCCAUUGCUGUUGAAAGAAUUCUGCAGUGUAAUACAACAUUGUAUGGGAAUGAGAAAGAGAGCAUUAUGGAAGUCAGAACUCAAAUCAAAGAUUUGUGUCAAGAAUGGAUCAUGUAUGUGAUCACUGAUAUCUCUGGGUUGUUAAGAGACAAAAAAAGAUUUGCCACUUUCAUGGCCUGCUUGAAUAUCCUGCUAUUAUCAAUUCAUGAUGAUCCUAAUACAUUGGUGAAGAUAUUAGUCACAGGUCUUCCAUUCCAGUUGAUUGCAAUUUCCACAGAACUACAGCCACCUGAUGAUGUUCUAAAGCUUAUGUGUCAGAACCUCAAUAACUUGUGUGCAAGGACAAUCAAAUUGGUCAAGCCUGCUCUAGAAAUAAAUCCUGACUGUCUUAUUGCUGGCUUGGCAAAACUAAAAUGGCAAGACAGUAGUUCAAUGUUACAUUGUGCACACAGACUGACAAGUCAUGAUGAGAUUGUUUCUUUCUUUACACUCAUAUUCCUGUCUUAUUUUCUAGGAUAUCAGUGCUGGCAGAAUGUUGAGCUUCACCAGUUUCUUGAGCUUAUAAGGCAAAAGCCAGGUACAUUCACCUUAGAUACAGUUGUUGCAAGAGCAUAUGUGUUGUUGUCUGCCAUUAGCCAGACAGAUCACUGCUUGGUUGAUGACACAAAUGAAAGUGUAGUACUCAGACAGCUGGAGAAAUUACCAAUUGAGUUUUGGUUUACAUUGGAUGUCAGAGUCUUUCACUGGAGUCUAUUGACUCAGACAAGAACACAAGUCUUGGGAAGCAGACUGGUGGAAUACUGGAUUCUCAAUCUACAACUUAGAGCAACACAUCCCCAGUCACUUGUAGAUCAGCUAGAUGUGACCAACAAAACAAUUUUAGAAACAUUGAUUGACAAUCAACAUUUUCUUUUCUGCCUAAUAAACUUACUUGCAAUGAACAGUGUGACAACAACAGUGCAAACUAUUUUACUGCACUGCAUAAAACAUCUGUCAUUGACCUGUACAGGUGACAAAGAAAUAAUUCUCAUUAUGGAAUCCUUGUUUUAUCAAUUGUUACAGAAAUUCAACUCAGUGUUUAUACAACAGCUGACAUUUGAAGAAACAAUCUUAAAGAGUUAUCUUUCUGUGUUAUGUGCAAUGACUACUAGCCCACUGUGCUCAUCUGUUGAUAAAACUUGUUGCAUAAAGCCUUUGUGUCAUGUUCUUAAACUUCUGACCAUUGAUGUCAAUGAUCUUGUAGUGUUCAGUGUUCAAUUUAUUUCUUCAGUUAUUGUGGGACUGUCUGUUGAAGACUGUAAAACAGUGAUUCCUCUCCUGAUCAACAAUGACAAUUUUGUCUCCACUCUGGAAUCUUAUGUUACAGAAACUAAUCCUUUAGUAUCUGAGCAUGCGCUGGCAAUCACUGCAUGGUUAGCCAUCAAUGGAAAAGAUUGUCAGACACAUCAUCCAGUCAUUCUACCAUCACACUGUCUCCUGGGUCUCUUGGCUUCAUGCCAAGCUACAAGUCUCCCUAUACUGCAGCUAGUCCAUGUUGCUCUGUGUCAUAUGGAUGAUGUACCAACAGAUGGCGCUGUCAGAUUUGUCAAUGUGCAACGCAAUUUCCUUUCUUCAAGAAUUUUUUCUGUUUCUGAACUUGAGCAAAUAUAUAUUUAUCUUCAGCAGUUUGUUGGGCAGAAAAAUGUCAAGUUGAGAUCUGAAGCAAUCUGUUGCAUCCAAAAACUGAUGUGUUUAGGACAAGAUAUAUGUCAGCAUGUGAUUCAGCAACCAUGGAAUUCAAUCAUGUUAGAAACUAUGUUAUCAACUGGUCAAGAUGGCUUAUCAGAGUCUGAUAUUGAACUUGUGUACAAGUUGUCUUCAUAUGAUCAAAACCCAUGGACCACUUUUAGUGCAGACAGCUUUCUCCUAGCACUCCUCAACUCAGACUUAACUACAGAGCUACAAGACAAAGCUAAAGCUAUCUUACAGCAGAUUAAAUGCUCAAACAUUGGUGUGGAUUCAGACCUGCUGAAUGUUACACAAGAAUGUAUGGCAAAUAUUUGACCAAUACACACUCAUCUCAUUAAAAGACAUGCCUAUUGUGUGGGAUUGAUUUUGUUCUUUAUUUAUAUUUAGUUUAUGAUUCAAUGAAGAACAUUCAAUGAAUAACAACAUCUAGAUACAAAUGAAAGUAGGAACACAAACUCAGCCUAUUUCUAAUAUUUACAUUUAUUUUUCCACAACAUUCAUUUGUCAUCAAAGUCAAAUAAGUACUGGUGGAUCUGAAUGAAACAAGAAUAUGUGCACACAUGGAUGUAUGGGCAGAGGGGGGUAUAGGGGGUAUACAUUGCUUGCCUGAACAUUGUGGUCCUACUUAGCAGAGCUCUGCCACUGCUCUCUAUGACACGACCUUUCUCUCAGUGAUGACAUUGCAUAUGAGAGAAAUAUUUGCACAAAUUUUUUUUUUGUCUUAAAAAAAAAAAAAAGGUGGAGGUGGACCAGUGCUGUGGAAGACUUAAACAGAAAGUAGAGCAACAAAUUUACAAGAGACCUUUAACAUAAAGGAAGCUUUCAAAUGAUUGCUAGUAACCCAGACAGAAAGUGAACAAACAAAGGAUGUUAACUGAAGAGAUGACAAAAUGUGGCACACAGAGAAACCAUAUCAAAGUUUGACAAUCCACCGCAAAUAUUGUGAAAUCAUAACAACAAAAAGUCCCUGACUCAAGAUGGUUCUAACAUUAUGGAAAAACAAGUGACAAUAAUUUAGUCUGCUCUUUAAUUCUAUUUGUAAACCUUGUGGUCCUACUCAAGUGAAGCAAACACAAACGCUGGUAACAUUUUUCUUUCUUAGCUGUAAUCAAGUUGAAUACACUGUUUGAUGCUGCCUCAGUACCCAAUACACAAGAUAUAGAGGUAUGAAGGAUAAGGGAGAAAUACCACCAAAAAAAAAAAAUAAUAACAGCAAUAGAAAAUUAUAUAUUAAAAAAAAAAAACAUGAACUAAAUCUAUACAGUUACAGAUGUUGUUCCUCCUGAGCUUCCAUUCUGGCCACUGCACCCAGUGAUAGCAUUUCUUUAGCAGGGGCAAAAAAAAAAAGGUCAUGGAAUCAUUAUUUUUAGCAAGAAACCAAAACUGUACAUGUUUUUAAAGACAGUGAAAGCAACAACACACAUUUGAUGAUUCUCAACACUGAGUCAGAGGGCAAGUCAAACGCUAAUGCUGAUUAUACACAUACAGAAUGAAUUUUCGCUGAAUGGGGGAGAAAUACUGAGCACAAAACUACACACAUAGAUAGGACUGCAGUGACCAGAAGUAGUGGAGCUAUACUACAGCAAAAAUGUAUGUAGGGAAAAAAAAAAACAAGAAUAUGCAUACAAUUAAAUCUGCACAAACUGUAAUAUGAAUAUGUAAUAUGGGUCUGUGGUUUACACAUACAAAUGUUUUCAUUCAGUAAUCUAACAUUAGUGUCAAAUAAAAUUGUGCACAAACACAUCAGCAUGAACUGGUCAUGCAGAGACUUUGAAAACAACAAAAAUUUGAAAAGGGAUUUUUGAGUUCAAACUGAAUUUGUAUGACAAACUGUACAAUACAAAACUUGAUAUCAUUGUGGAGUGCAUAUACAAUCUUCAUUAAUGUCUAGGAGUUCAGAAACAUUGCGCACACAAAAAUACAAACAGGCAGAAAUUGUGUACAACUCAGAUCAAUUCUUAGCAAUUAUGUAACAAACAAAUCAGAUUUCAUUGUAAAUGCUUUUUUUUAGCAGUGGAUUUAUUAGAAAAUAAUUUAAAGAAAAAAAAACAUGUAAAUCCCAGACAAUAAGACAUUAUUGCUGUGGUCUGCAAAUAAGCAGGUUAAGUAUUUUGUUCAACUAAGUCUAUGAAGUAGUUUAGGGUUAGGAUCAGUAAAGCACACAGAAACCAUUGCAAGAAACAAAAGGGUUCAAUUGAUCAACAUUAUAAGAGGUAUGAAAUUGAGGCUGAGAGAGCGCCAGGCAGCAUUUCACUCAUCAAAUACCAAACCUAUGCAAGUGCUGGGAACAAAUAAUAUAUAUCAAGAAAACCAAUUUCCCACCAAAUCUAUAUGGCUUGAUAUGAUCCAGGUUUCAAGACAGACAGACACAUUUUUUAAACCAGUGAGUACAAGUGUUGACUAAGUAUGAAUGACAUCUUGUUUCCAAAUAAGCCCAUAACUUUUGUAAACAUUUUCACAGUCUGUAAUAAAAAUAUUCACUGCCCUUUUAAAUAUUACUUUUUAAUUAUACCACCUUCAAAAAAAAAACAAA